CGAAGCUGAGCUGGUUGAGUUGAGCAAGACCGUGAUCCAGCCGUAAGCUGCAUACUGCAUAUCCCCUCCCUUGCCUAUUUGGGGCUGAUAUUAACUGGACGAUCAUUUGUUAUACGGUCGUAUUAAUCUCCCUCAUCCCUCACCUAGAUUGGCUGUACCGCGUAAUACAGAAAACACUAGUCACUCUGGUAGCCAAUAAGAUACGCGUCGGGGGCCUUUUCUUUGUUCAACUGUGAAUUCUGGACGGGCGAGCACAUUGUUCUACAAAAGGGCGGAGGUAUCCGUCUCUUCAAGACAUUUCUGCCUUCUGCUCCUACUAUGUAGGUGCUUACUCGAAAUAAACAUAAUCUUCAACGCCGAUCUGAAGUUGCAGCACACCCUCACACACCCCUUAUACACCCUUUUACACCCUCAUACAUAGGUACACGCACACCAGGAAAAUGAAAUAUAAUAAUCGUUCAAUCUCCCGGCUAGCAUUCGCGCUAUUAUUGCGAGGCGCGGCAUCCCUACGACUCAACAUAACAGCGAUCGGAGCAAGAGAUGGCUCUUCGACGCUCGAAUGCUGGCAGAUGAACACGCCGUUCACAUCCUCGUCGGACCCCGGGACGGCUGGAAGCCUUGUGACGAACCUGGGAGGUGUCUCAAAUGUUUCCUAUUCUAUCAUCCCGCCCGAGUACGAUGGCGGCUUACACCAUGCGCCAUAUGCACAGUGGGUUUCCUUCACCAGCGGAUUGGCGUACAUCACGCUGCCGGACGACAACAGCACCAGCGCGCUGGUGAACGGGGGCCAGUUCGGGCUCAUCUUCGCGGCCGACACGGCGGGUGUCAGCGAGCGUGGACAUCGCACGCAGUACCUGGGCAACACCGAGACGGUCGCGCUCCAGAUCCCGACGUGCAACGGGGAGGUGCCUGCGCAUGACGUGCUGCACAUGGGGCCGUGCGACUCGAGCGAGGUCGCGGGAGUGCGUGAAGUCGCACUCGCGGGGAAAAAAAGUUGAACGUUUAUUAUGGCCGCCGUGUAAUAAGUAGCUAGACGUAUAUUUCUUCGCAGAACUCGACGUAAUACCUAUUAUAGAAGUACAUAGUAAUAAAUAGUCUUCUAGGGCUUAGGUUAAGUACCUCUUACUUAGACCUAGGUGCCUAUGCUUUCAGUACUGAUAUUUGAUAUUGCAAUACAAAUACAAUCGAAUGAUCAUUUGCCACCUAAUAACUCGUACCCCAGACGUAAUAAGCCACCAAUUAUUUCCCUCGGUGACUUAAAGAAGACUUGUAAACUUAGGUUACGUAUUCACUCGCUAGGUAACCAGUCGUUCUUAUCCAAAAUCUGAAUGAUCUGAUACUGUAAGCGUAGGAUCAAUAUGCAUACGACAAGUAAAUAUUGAUCUGCUAGAGAUACACAGUUGAUAUGUGUAUACAUACUAUAUGUAGUAGUUAGUUAGAGAAAUAUAAAAAUACUCUAUCAUGAGUGACCCUUGGAUUAACUUGAGGUUUUAGAUUUAUAUAUGUUGCUUAUUUAUUUCGACUCCUUACCGAUCUUGAAUCUGGGGUUGUAACAUUUUAGAUGAAUGUUGUUACAAGGGCAUGUUAGCGUGUUUAUGUUAGGA